GUAUAACAAAGGUGGGAGGGGCUAGGGACAGUAUAAGUGAGUAAGCAGUGGGGGAUUCCAAGCAAAUAUCAGGGACACUGUCUCCCUGCAUUAAGCAAACAUUCCUGAGGAGACAACUGAGCUGAGGACUCCAUACCCGGCUGGUCUUCUACACCUCGCAGGCAAAGAGCUGGACCACCAUGAGACUUAUUUCCUAUUUGAGUCUCCUUGCUGGGACAUAUUUCUUUGCUCACUCACUUGAGCAGAAAGAAGACCCUGCUCCCUACUUGGCAUACCUCAAGUCUUACUUCAACCCCUGUGUGGGUGUCCUCAUCAAAACGACCUGGGUGCUGGCCCCAGCUCACUGCUACUUACCAAAUCUAAAAGUGAUGCUGGGAAAUUUCAAGAGCAGAGUCAGAGAUGGGACAGAGCAGACAAUUAACCCCAUCCAGAUUAUCCGCUACUGGAACUACAAUGACAGUGACCCACAGGAUGACCUCAUGCUCAUUAAAUUGGAUAAGCCAGCCACCCUCAACCACAAAGUCCAGAUCCUUCCCCUUGCUACAAAGAAUGUCUCACCAGGGACCAUCUGCUUCCUCUCAGGUUUAGACUGGAGCCAGCAAAACUCCGGUAGACAUCCUGACUUACGGCAGAACUUACAAGGCCCUGUGAUGACUAACAAAGAGUGCCAGGAAACUGAACAAGGAAGAAAACAUAGGAACUCCUUAUGUGUUAAAUUUGUGAAAGUAUUCAGCCGAAUUUUUGGGGAGGUGGCUGUGGCUACUGUCAUCUGCAAUAAUAAGCUCCAGGGGAUCGAGGUUGGACACUUCAUGGGAGGGGAUGUCGGCAUUUACACCAAUGUUUACAAAUAUAUAUCCUGGAUUGAAGAUAUCACUAAGGACAAGAAAAAAUAAUGCCCUACUUCUCCCUCUGCAUCCUACUGCAUAUCACUGACUAUACAAGCCAACAUUCUCUCCAAGCUUAAAAUAAAAUCUCAGGUAGAUAUUCUGAGAUG